GUCGGAACUAGGCAGCAGACGCUGAAUGAAGAAGGCGAGAGGAAGUUUCCGCUCACGCUGCUCCACACCUUUCCGGUGAAGCAGCACUGAGAGACCAGCUCCACUAGGAAAAGAAGAAGCAGACGAGUGUUGAGUGAAUUCAUCGAGAGAAGAAUCUUGGAAAAGAAAGCGGCCAGAGUUUCACAGGUGGAUAUCUGUGUCUACGAAUUACUUGGAUUUAUUUUCGAAGUCGUCUUUUUUAAGCACGGCAAGGUAAUCCGGAUCUACUGUACUGUGUUUGGGGAAGCCGUGGAAAGCAGCUUUUUCCUCCCCGGGUAGCUGUGCAUGAAUAUUAAGGGCGCAGCCGGUGAGGAGGACCGCGUCUCACAUCAACCAAACCAGAAAGGAAACUCUCACAGUUUUUGGGGUGGUUUUUUUCUUGUUCAUCUUUGGAGGUCAAAUCCUUUCGCCGUGUGUGUUCUCUUGACUUUUCAGUCCUGACUGGCUGUAGUUUCCACUAAGCUCUGUGCUGAACAGUAAAUGUCUGGAGAAUGGUGCUACCAAGAUCUUAGUGUGAUGUUUUGGGUAGGGCCGAAAAACCUUGUACUUUGAGCAGAACGAUCUCCUAUACUCUUGGACAGACUUCCUACUAGUACAACGUCAACAACUUUUGUCUGUAAGUGUGUAUUUUUAAUUUUAAACCCUACGUAUUAAUGAUGCGUUCUACAGUUUAGCCGCUUUGUGCCCGUAUAUAAGCCCCAACAGUGUCAGAAGCCUUUUUUCUUAGCAACAAAGUAUUUAUGCACAAAAGGUCAAGAUGGGGAAAAUGCUCUCUAAAAUCUUCGGCAACAAGGAGAUGAGAAUAUUGAUGCUUGGACUUGAUGCUGCAGGAAAGACAACAAUCCUAUACAAGUUAAAACUUGGACAGUCCGUGACCACAAUCCCUACAGUAGGCUUCAACGUGGAAACGGUCACCUACAAGAAUGUCAAGUUCAACGUGUGGGACGUCGGAGGCCAAGAUAAAAUUCGCCCUCUAUGGCGGCACUACUACACGGGCACCCAGGGCUUGAUAUUCGUGGUGGAUUGUGCGGACAGGGAUCGGAUCGAUGAGGCGAGGCAGGAACUUCACCGCAUCAUCAACGACCGGGAGAUGAGGGAUGCCAUCAUCUUGAUAUUCGCCAACAAGCAAGACCUUCCAGAUGCCAUGAAGCCACACGAAAUCCAGGAGAAGCUGGGGUUGACCCGCAUCAGAGAUAGGAAUUGGUAUGUUCAGCCCUCUUGUGCGACCACGGGUGACGGACUUUACGAAGGCCUGACAUGGCUAACUUCAAAUUACAAAUCUUAAUGAUAGAGAGCUGACUGUUUUAGGUCAAAGUUCAAACACAAGUAACGAAUAACUUUUCAAAAACAAUGAGUAUGGUUCAAUAUUGAUUUUCCUUCACUUAUUUGUUAAACUUGUUUACCGUAUGACUAAUUUAUCUUUAAUUGGGUUUGCUGCUGACCUUUUUUCUUCUUUCUUUUUUUAAGCAGGCCUAUUUCAUACACGUAAUGCUGGAGCCUGCUUAAAUAUUGACUUAGCUGGUUCAAGAUUGAAGCCACAGAAAUCACCGCAUUUGCCUAUUUUUGUUUUCUCUUCUGUUUUAUAUCAAGUUUUCUAAUGAAGGUUUAACUUCAUUUUUUUUUGCUCCAUUUGAAGUCCUUUGGUCUCAAAUGAAUUAAACUUGAAUUCUCUUUCUUUGAAGUGGAGCUCUUUAAUGUUAUGUAGCCUACCUGAAGGACUUUGGCUUUUGUGUUAACAGUACUGUGAUUAAAAAAUGGAAAAAAAAUGAGUAAAGGGGGGAGGGGGGUAAUGAAACCAAGAAAAAAAGUAAAUUAAUGCUUAUGUCAUUGUCAUUAGUAUGGAAAUCCAAAAAGGAAAUAAAAAAAAAAUCACAUUUUGUUACCUCCAAUACCUUUACAUGGGCUAUAUACUUAACCAAUUGACCUUUUUGUGUCACAUCUCUACUCGUGCUGAUUAUUCACCACAUAAGCCUCCAGUAACUCUGAAAUAUGCUUGUCAGGGUGCAGUUUGAAUUUUGGAUUACAAGAAGUGAGUUGACUCCAACCUUUCCAAAGGAAUGUCAUUAGUUUCUCUUUCAACCUGACACCACAGUCGAUCAGUCUCCACGUUGGGACUUUAUAUGAUAGCAUAUAUCUGUAGCAUGAGCGCGCAAGUACAUUAACCCUCCACCGAGAGUCCAUCUGUCGCAGAGUCAGGGGAAGCGGUCGACUGGCGAGAUGUUUAGUGACACGACUUGCUCCUCUUUGACUGGAGAUCAAUGUACAGAACGUCAUUGUAAUGUCUUAUUAAAAAAAAAAGUGAUUUUAA